CAUGUGUAAUGUAAAUUUAGUCGCGGUCAGAGCGUCACACAAUGCUUACGAUCAAAGUUAAAAUCUUGUAUUACUAAUAAAUUAUUUCCGUGGAAAAGCUUGUGACAAACAAAAAAAUUAAAUCAAAAUUAAAAAUGGUGACUAAAACAGCUGCGUCUAGUUUAGUGUCAAUGGUGGUUGUCAUGGCUUGGACAGGGGUGUAUCUCUCCAGAGAGAAUGGCGUUGUCCGUGAUACUCGCCAUCUUGCUUUAAAUGAUAAUGACACCGAUGUGGACGAUUAUUAUUUCGAGUAUUCAUAUGUUGAGGGUAAUCAUGUUGUGAUGCAGGAAAAAAUUAAAGAGAUGAUGAAACACGCCUGGGACAAUUACGUGCGCUGGGCAUGGGGCAAAAACGAGCUGCGACCGGUGACGAAACGUGGUCACAGCGCGAGUAUUUUCGGAGCUAUGCCAUUGGGUGCCACUAUUAUGGAUGGUUUGGACACCCUGUAUAUUAUGGGUUUAAUGGAUGAGUACAAAAUGGGUCGGGAUUGGAUUGCGAAGGAACUCAACAUGGCUGCUUUGACUUCGGAUGUAUCGGUAUUUGAGACAAAUAUUCGCUUCGUGGGCGGUAUGCUGACAUGCUAUGCGCUGACCGGCGACACGUUGUACCGUGACAUAGCGCAACAGAUCGCCGACAAAUUACUGCCGGCCUUCCAGACCGCCACCGGCAUACCGCACGCGCUGGUCAACUUUAAAACUGGAGGCAGUAAAAAUUAUGGCUGGGCCAGCGGGGGCGCCAGUAUUUUAUCGGAGUUUGGCACACUGCAUCUAGAAUUUACCUACCUUAGUGACAUCACUGGUAACCCACUCUAUAGGAAUAAAGUGGAGCAUAUUCGGCAAUUCCUGCAGAGUAUGGAGAAACCCAAAGGAUUGUAUCCUAAUUAUCUUAAUCCAAAAACAGGAAAAUGGGGACAACAUCACAUGUCAAUGGGUGCACUAGGUGACAGUUUCUAUGAAUAUCUGCUCAAAGCAUGGCUGCAAUCGAAUAAAGAAGAUAACGAAGCGCGUCAAAUGUACGAUGAUGCCAUGCAGGCGGUAAUGCAACAUAUGCUGCACACGUCGCCCGGUGGUUUGAUGUACUUUGCCGAGCUGAAAUUCGAACGGCCCGAACACAAAAUGGACCAUUUGGCGUGUUUCUCAGGUGGUCUGUUGGGUCUAGGAGCAAAAACUCUCAAGAAUGAGCUCUCUGACAGGUACAUGGAGGUUGCCAAAGGUAUCACGAAAACUUGCCACGAGUCCUACGAUCGUUCCGCUACCAAACUAGGCCCCGAAGCGUUCCGUUUCACCGAUGCCAUUGAAGCGAAAGCGCUGAAAAGCUCAGAAAAAUACUACAUCCUACGGCCGGAGGUGAUUGAAUCCUACUUCUACAUGUACCGCCUCACCAAGGAUCCCAUCUAUCGCCAGUGGGCAUGGGAGGCUGUCCAAGCGCUGGAAAAGCACUGCCGAGUGGCUGGUGGUUACUCAGGGUUGAAGAACGUCUAUGCUGAAGAUCCAACACUGGACGAUGUUCAACAGAGUUUCUUCUUAGCUGAAACAUUAAAGUAUCUGUUUUUAAUCUUCUCCAACGACAGUUUGAUAUCACUGGAUGAAUGGGUGUUGAACACUGAAGCUCAUCCGCUGCCCAUCAAGGGCGUGAAUUCGUUUUAUCGCGAAGCGGUUUAAAUAAAUUAAAUCAAUUCAAUUUCGAGAGGGAAACUAAUGUGCAGCAGAUGACUCAGAGGAUAUUAUUUCAUAAUUUAUUUUACUUGGAUAUUAUUACUAGCGCGCGGACAGACAGAAACAAAAAGGUUGUUAUAAAGUUAGUUGUAAUCGUAUCAUCAUACACUCUAGGCAAAUAUUAAUUAAAAGUAAAUACAAUCUAGAUUAGUACUGUGAUCGAGAGCGUGCAAGCGAACAUGUAUAUAAUAAUAUGUAAUGGACUUGAGAUCAUUAACAAACAGAGGAAAUUUCGUAGCAUACUGUGCGAGUCUUUGUUUUAUAAAGACUUUGUUGAUGAUAUGGUUUGUAAAUACUUAUAUAUCAUGAUGGACCAUGUUAUUAUAUAUAUAUAUACAUUUGUUUUUUGGAAAACUAAUCUCACACGUCCAGCUGCCAACACCAAAACAUUUUUGUUGUUGUCUUCAUUCCGCAGAAUUGUCAAUUCUUACACGUGUAUAAACGAUAUAUUCUUAAUCUUAGAUUAAUUACGCUAGUAACGAUUUUAAUGUAGUCCAGUUAAGAAAGAAUAUUUAUUUUACUGUUAUCAAAAGCGUUUUUAGCGAUAAAUACUUUAUUGUUACUUCAAGCCGAGAAAUGCGACACUAAAGCAUCACAACAAUGUUUUGGAACGCUCUUGUAUAAUGUAAACUUAUCCUGUUCGAUGCAUUGAUAUUGUUUGUGUUGAUUUUUUGGUGAUAACUGUAAUAUACCCAAUUAUUUAUCAAGUAA